AUGGCAGGUAGCGGCGGCGUGGGCGGCGGGGUCGGAGGCGGCCAGGGCGCGGGGGCCGGGCAGGGGGCCGGUCUGCGGGUGCCGCGUGCGCCGCCGCUGCUCGCCGCGCUGGUGCUCGGCGCCUACUGCCUCUGCACCCUCCCGAGCCGCUGCCCGCCGGCCACCCGCGCCCCCGUGCCGGCCCCCGCGCGCGCUGAGCCGCUCCGCGCCGUCGGCAGCCCCGGGGCGCCAGGCCUGCCGGUGGCCAGCGGCCUCGGACGCCGGCGCUUCCCGCAGGCGCUCAUCGUGGGCGUGAAGAAGGGCGGCACGCGCGCGCUGCUGGAGUUCCUGCGGCUGCACCCCGACGUCCGCGCGCUCGGCUCUGAGCCCCACUUCUUCGACAGGUGCUACGAGCGCGGCCUCGCCUGGUACCGGAGCCUGAUGCCGCGCACCCUGGACGGGCAGAUCACCAUGGAGAAAACCCCCAGCUACUUCGUAACGCGGGAGGCUCCCGGCCGCAUCCACGGCAUGUCCCCAGACACGAAGCUGAUUGUGGUGGUGCGGAACCCCGUGACUCGGGCCAUCUCCGACUAUGCCCAGACACUCUCUAAGACCCCAGGCCUGCCCAGCUUCCGGGCCCUGGCCUUCCGCCACGGCCUGGGCCCGGUGGACACGGCCUGGAGUGCCGUACGCAUUGGCCUGUACGCGCAGCACCUGGACAACUGGCUGCGUUUCUUCCCACUGUCCCGCUUCCUGUUCGUCAGCGGCGAGCGCCUGGUCAGCGACCCGGCCGGAGAGCUAGGCCGGGUGCAGGACUUCCUGGGCCUCAGACGGGUGGUCACGGACAAGCACUUUUACUUCAACGCCACCAAGGGCUUCCCCUGCCUCAAGAAGGCGCAGGGGAGCGGCCGCCCGCGCUGCCUGGGCAAAUCCAAGGGCCGGCCCCACCCCCGGGUGCCGUUGGCGGUGGUCCAGCGGCUGCGGGACUUCUACCGGCCCUUCAACCGCAAGUUCUACCAGAUGACUGGCCAGGACUUCGGCUGGGACUGA